UUUCACAAUUACAUCAUAUCCUUCCCUCAUAGGCUCAUAGCAGAUGGCCAACAGCCUUCUCCUCCUCCUCCUUCUUCUUCUUCUUCUUCUUCUUCCAGAUCUUCCUUCAAAUUAUAAUAUCAUAACUUCACAAAACUAAGCUCAUCACUGUCAGCCAUGGAAGCUUCUUCUCAACCUCUAUCCAUAGAAAGCUUCUCAUAUAGUUGGUUAGUGAACAUGAGAUCAUCCUUUGAAAUUAGUUGUGCCAAUUCCUUUAGAACCUCUCUUGAUGAAGCUUCCUUCAUUGAAAUGGAUCCUACAAUGCCACCUUCCAAGAGAUUCUACUUCACUAAUUCCUCUCGCCGUUCUAACGACUUCAAGUUCCCAGCUCCUCUCUCCCCGUCUCCCUCUCUCCCUCUCGUUCACGCCGACCAGCUCAUCUCCAACGGCUACCUCGUCCCCUUGCAAGUGUUCGAGGGCGUAUCGGGUGUCAUGAUCGGUUCACCUGAUGCAGUUAAGCUCGUAGCGGAGCCACCAGGAAAAUCUGCAGAGUCGUUGAGGAAGUCGUGCAGGAGAUUAUCAAGGCAGAUUUUCCAGAAAUAUUUGAACUUUUUAAGGCCACUUUGUAGAAGGAUUCAAAGGGUGGGAAAUUAUGGGAAUAAUACUAAUGGUAAAUUAGGAGGGAAGAAAUUGUUGUUCCAUGGUGGAAAAUAUACUAAUACUACUACUACUACCACAAGGGAAGCUCAUCAUCAGUGUAUUGAUGAAUGGAGAAGAUCUUCUUGUGAUUCUGAGACCUCAAUUUAUGAUGCAGUUCUUCACUGCAAAAACUCCAUAGGAAAAUGAAGAGGGAGAAGAGAGCAAGGAAGGGGCCUGGGGAAGGGAAAAAAGGAUGAUGAUGAUGAUGAUGAUGAACAUAGGGACAGUACAGUUGUUGUUUGUCUGUUGUUAAUUUCUGUUUGUGUAAGUUUGUGGGGAUAUAUAUGGAAAAAAUGCAAUAGUACUGUUUGUGUUUUGUCAUUGUGAGAGUAAAGAAAAGAAUCUGUUUUGGAUUAUGAGAGUGGAAAAAUUGUGGCCUUUGAUGGAAAGGUGAAAAAGGCAUAUAUAUAUAUAUAUAUAUAUAUCAUAUUAAAUUUUUAUUUGUCUUUA